CAAGACGAUUCAGAUUUCAUCUUCUUCCAUCCACCCUGAUAAGUUCACAUAUCAGGAAACUCCGCAAGAAACAAACCAAUAUCUAUCUGAUGGAGGCUGCAUGUAUGUAUAUGAGUUGAAGGUUGUAAAAGUAAGGUCAGAUUAAAGGAAGUGGUAGCAUGACUUGUUUCCCUGUCUGUUGCAGAAGGAAAUCGUCUCCCCCGAGGCAUCAAAUCGACAUUGAAGAAGAGGUUUCAAGCAUUCAGAAUGCUAAGGUGUACAGUUACAAAGAACUGUGUUCUGCAACUGGAGAUUUUAGCCCUUUGAACAAGAUUGGAGAAGGAGGGUUUGGUGCUGUCUACAAGGGGAGGCUGGGUGAUGGCACAUUAGCUGCUAUUAAGGUGCUUUCUGCUGAGUCAAGACAGGGGGUGAAGGAGUUUUUGACAGAAAUAGUGGUUAUCUCAGGUUUAGAACAUGAGAAUCUGGUUAAGUUACAUGGAUGUUGUGUAGAAGGGGAGCAUAGGAUAUUGGUCUAUGGCUAUCUUGAAAAUAAUAGCCUUGCUCAAACUCUUCUUGGGUCUGGGUCCAGUGGCAUUCAGUUUAGCUGGAGUGCUCGGGCUAGAAUAUGUAUAGGGGUUGCUAGGGGACUUGCAUUCCUCCAUGAAGAAGUCCAACCACAUAUUAUUCAUAGAGAUAUUAAAGCCAGCAAUAUUCUUCUCGAUAAAGAUUUCACUCCGAAGAUCUCGGAUUUUGGGCUUGCAAAGCUAUUCCCCCAAGGUUUGACUCAUAUCAGCACCCGUGUUGCUGGAACUCCGGGUUAUUUGGCUCCCGAGUAUGUGAUUCGUGCCCAGUUGACAAGGAAAGCCGAUGUUUAUAGCUUUGGAAUUCUCCUUUUGGAAAUUGUUAGUGGAAGAUCAAACACUAACAAACGACUACCUGUUGACGAUCAAUAUCUUCUUGAAACGGCGUGGAGAUUCUAUCAGAAAGGGGAGCUUGUUGAGCUGGUUGAUAUAUCACUGGGAGAGAACUUCAAUGUAGAUGAAGCUUGUAGAUACAUGAAGAUUGCUUUGUUAUGCACCCAUUUCAUGCCCAAUAGCCGACCAUCAAUGUCUAGUGUGGUGAAAAUGUUGAGAGGUGAGGAAGAUGUGGAUGAUACAAAGAUAUCGGAGCCAGGUCUGUUAACUGAACUGAUAGGUUUCCGGAAUCGAAAGAAAAAGAACCUGCAAAUUUUAUCUGCUGCUGGCUCAGGGAAUGAAGAUAAGUCGCCCUGGAAUACUAGCAUCUGCUCAACACAAGCAGCAACCAUGACUUUCACCUCCAUAUCUGAUCGGAGUACUUGAACUAAGAUUUUUUAUUUUUUUGUGUGUGGUAAGAUAUCUCAUAUCUAUGGUGUUCCAAAUUGAAGAACGAAAUAUAUAUAGACACAGUUGAUUUUUUA